UAGCAUAAAAAACCCUCUACCAUCGAAAAAGGACACGUCACAAAUGUAUUGCGUUUACGUGUUUCUAAUACCACCGUGUUGGUCAGAUAUAGUAGAGUUUUUUGUACAUCCAUUUGAUUGGUGUUCGAUAUGCGACGUACAUCCUCUCUUACGAUCGGCCCACCGACGUUGUUAGGCAGCUGCGUUGCGUGCGUAAUGUAAAAGAUGGUGACCAUUCUUUCAUAACAAUAGCAAAAAGGAAGUAGGAAACUGUUUGUUUACGCAUGUUAUUCCACGCACAAAACAACAUAUUGCUCUUUUGAAUGUUUCAAAUUUUGAAGAAAAACAACUCAAUACGUUCUCGUUCAAGAAUCACUAACCCGGUUCAUGUUCAUUUGUAUGCAAAUGGCAAGAAAAAAAAUAAACUCCACAAGGUUGCAACCUUGAAGAAGAAGAAAAAAUUCUUUAUCCUUCACUGUUGAUUUUUGCUGCACCAAAUUCUCAUAUAUAUAUAUACCAAAACGGAAACCACCCUGGCUGGAGCCACCCUGAAACGGAUGAAAUAUCGAGAGUGGUUAAACUGGCUUUCAAACUUCCACUUCUUCCGACGUGUGAAGUCGUUGACCAUCGAUGCAACGCUUUCCAUAUACGAUUGCUGCAAGCUUGUUGGUUUGUUGACAGAGGAAAAAAACCUUUUUUGCUACAACCGAUCCGAUGACAAGGCGUUGCUAUGGGAGCUUUUGGGUGGCGAAAUUGUCCUAAUUCCAUCGGAAUGGCAUCAACGACAGAUAUUCCUCCGGCCGUGGGUACAUCGCCCACCGCUCCAUUGCUAGAGGAUCUCAACGAGGACACGUCCUCAUCGUCUACCUCGACGGCGUCGACGACGACGACGGACAGUGGUAAACCUUCGACAUCGUACAGCUUUUCCUUGAUCGGUUCGGAUGGGCCCGGAAGCAGCAGCAGCAGCAGCAGUACCAGCUACAGCACUAAGCGAACGCUAGCAAAUGAAUCGAACGACGCCGGUGGCAGUGCAUCGAACAGUAAAACCAAGAUACAGCUAGAAAAUGUCACCGAGGAGAGUGGUGGUGGUGGCGAAGGGGAAGGUGCAGCUGGACCGUCCUCGACCGACACGGGCACCGGUGGGGAGGAGGAGAAAAAGGACGACUCCAUGUUUGAGUGUAACAUCUGCUUAGACACGGCCAAGGAUGCGGUGGUCAGCAUGUGUGGGCAUCUGUUCUGCUGGCCGUGCAUUCACCAGUGGAUGAACGGGUACCGCAACACCUGCCCGGUGUGCAAAUCGUCCAUCAGCAAGGAGAAGGUCAUACCGCUGUAUGGGCGUGGCGGCAGCAAAGAAGAUCCGCGCAAAACCGUACCACCGCGGCCGGCCGGUCAGCGUACCGAGCCGGAACAGCCGCACGGAUUUCAGAGCUUCACCGGGGACGGCAGCUUCCAUAUGUCGUUCGGUAUCGGUGCGUUCCCGUUCGGGUUCUUUACCUCCACGCUCAACUUCGGCGAUUUCCGCGGUGCGGGCAAUGUGACGCGGGAGAAUACGCGCGAAGGCGAGGAGGACCAGUUCCUGUCGAGUGUGUUCCUGUACGUGGCGCUCAUCUUUUUAGCCUGGCUGGCCAUGGCUUAAGAAAAAACGGCAAAGGAAGAAACUUCUCUUCAUCAUGCUGAUGUGAGUCAGAUGUGCCCGAAGACAUCCGCACAAGUACACACGCGCACACACACACAUAUGGACGUUAGGAACAAAAUGAGAUGCGAGAAUGAUUGUCUAGCCGAAUUGGGAACGAUCUUUUAGUUAAGCUUUGUUGUUCAUCGAUGUCUAAAUAUUAGAAUUAUUGUUAACUUUGGCAAAUUUUGUAGAACAUUUUCACCUUAAAACCGUGCGGUACAUGAACACGGUACAAUCUGCUUUGUGAUAUUUUAGAGGGGAAAAGAAAGACGUUUGGUCAACGCAAUAUAAUCACAGUGCAGUACAUGUUUUACAGCAAAGAAACUAAUGUUAAAUGGAAGCAAAAAGUUUAGAAGGGUAUUACGUUAAGUUUUCUUUUCACACACGCGAAAAGACAAACAAAGUAGGUGAUGUUUAAUGUUUUUUUUUAUCUGAAGCCUUGAGAAUUUGUCUUACGUUGGUAGACGUGUGGGUGUAUGUGUGUGCGUGCGUAUUUGUGCUUUGCGCAUCGAAAGGUGUACGUAAUUUAUUGAAUGUAAUAUGUAUAAAAGUAAAUUGUGCGCGCAUAAUGCAUUUUUGGCAGGUAUCCCAAGCGAUCGGCGAAGACAUUUGUAAUUAUGUAUAUGUGUAUGUAACGUCUAAUCUAUCCUUAUUCGUUUUCGUAUGGGUUUAAAAAAAAAACAAGCACCGAACAGACUUUGUCUUGGUAGUGUUUUCUGUUUUUACUAUGUUUUCUU